AUGACAAAUGCAUUGAUUUAUAUGUUGGUGAAAGACAACAUGCCGCUUUCUUCCACUGAAAAAGAUGGUUUCAACUACUUCAUCAAAAAAGCUCUGCCAUUGUAUAAAGUACCAUCAAGAAAGACAAUAACUAAACUUAUUAGUUCCAAGUACGAUGUAUUAUCGGGUCAAAUAAAAAAUAAAUUAUCUUUGGUGGAAAGUAUCACACUUACUACAGACAUAUGGACAGAUACUAUCAAUACCAGAAGUUAUCUUGGUAUUACAGUUCAUUUUCUAAGUUUGUGUAAAUUAAAUUUAGAAAGUGUGGUACUUGGAGUGUUAGAACUUGAUGAGCGUCAUACAUCUGAAAAUAUUGCCAAGUGGCUGGACAGUGCUCUUCAGGAAUGGGGUAUUGAAAAACGUCAAAUUUUUUUGGUCGUAACUGACAAUGGUGCUAAUAUUAAAAACGCUGUGACAGUGUGUUUUGGUAAGGAUAAACAUUUGCCAUGCUUCGCACAUACGAUAAAUCUUGUAGUACAAAACGCAUUGGACAACACUGACAAUAUUGCUACUUUAAUAAAUAAGGUAAAACAUUUAAUUACAUUUUUCAAGCAAUGUGUAUCUGCAUCUGAUGAGCUGCAUAAAGUCUGUGCAUUUAAAUUAAAGCAAUCAGUUUCAACAAGGUGGAAUUCUGUGUAUUAUAUGUUAGACAGGUUUAUUAAUUGUUCUGACCAUGUAGCAUCUAUUAUCGUGAAGUUCCCUAAAGGUCCUACCAUGAUAACUGGUUCUGAGCUGUUUAUUGCUAAAGAAAUCAUGCAUCUACUAAAACCUUUCGAAGCUGCUACUAAAGAAUUAUGUGCCCAAAAAUAUAUAACAGGUAGUAAAAUUAUCCCAUUGAUGCAUUGCUUGAUAAAAAAAAUUGAAUCAGUAGAAGUGAAUGGUGUUGUUGCUUCGGCUUUAAAAUCGAAUUUAAGUAACAAUUUACAAACCAGAUUUGUGCAGUGGCUUCUUCAAAAUCCAUCAAUGCAAUUAAAAAAAAAAAAUUUAGAACUUAGAACUGACUCCAAUGAAACCAGUUCACAUAAUGAAAGUUCUUCUGAAGAUGACCCUGAUAGCUUAUGGGCAGUAAAUAAACAGUUAGUGUCAAAAAAAGCCUUAGCUGAACCAAGCUUAAAUGUCAACGAAAUGCCUACAGAUCUUAAGCAUUACUUAAACCAACCGACAGUGCCAUUAACUGAUAAUGUUUUAAGUUUUUGGGAUAUUCAUGGACACAUUUAUCCUCAUUUAAAAAAAAUUGUAGAUCUUUAUUUAGGAAUGGUAGCUACUUCUGAACCUUCGGAACGUCUUUUUUCUAAAGCAGGUCAAGUUAUGACUGAUAGUCGUAAUAGGUUAACAGGUGAUAACCUUAAUAAACUCCUUUUUCUUGGAUCACUGUCAGUAAAUGAUUGGCAAUUAGAAUAA